ACAUUGGCAUGCGUGUCAUGUAAUUAUGGGGCACUCAAAAAAGCAGAGGGAGUACAAUACAAGCAAUUAUAGGUAUAUCAUACAUUACUGGAAAAAAAAAAAUUCGGAUUAUUCGGAGGUUCGAUUAAAUGGACCGAUCUCGGAUCCUAACAUUACGAGUCGGAUUGAACUUGGAUUUUCGAAUUCAAAUCCGAGUCCAGAGUUCGUUUACUAAACGGAUCGGAUUUGAAUUUAGCACAUCUAACCCAAAUUCGAUCCGUUGCCAUUCCUAAUCCCAAUUCUCAGCAGCUCAUCUUUUCUAUUCCCAAUCCCAAUUUCCCACCACAUACUUACAAGAAAAAGAGAACAACAAUGGCACUAUGUAGUCACUCCACAAUAACAGCAUCAACAGCAACGAUUCACACCAGAUGUUUCAGCGCUUCAAAAGAGGCCAACCUUUCAAAACCCUCUUUGAAGCUUCCCCUUGUCUGGCCAUGGCAAAAGGUCAAAGUGGGCCCUCUUAGUGUUUCUCCAAUGGGGUUUGGUACCUGGGCAUGGGGGAAUCAACUCUUGUGGGGUUACCAAGAAUCAAUGGACAAUGAGCUUCAACAGGUUUUCAAUCUUGCUGUUGAUAAUGGCAUCAAUCUUUUUGAUACCGCUGAUUCUUAUGGAACUGGGAAAUUAAAUGGGCAAAGUGAGAAGCUUUUGGGCAAGUUUAUUCGUGACUAUAAAGGGAAGAAAGGAGUACGGGAUAAUAUUGUAAUUGCAACAAAGUUUGCUGCAUAUCCAUGGCGAUUAACUCCGGAACAAUUUGUGAAUGCUUGCAAGUCUUCUCUUGAUCGAAUGGAACUUGAGCAAAUUGGGAUAGGGCAACUGCAUUGGUCAACUGCAAAUUAUGCUCCAUUGCAAGAGAUGGCUCUUUGGGAUGGAUUAGUAGCAAUGUAUGAGAAGGGGUUGGUUCAAGCAGUUGGUGUAAGCAAUUAUGGUCCUAAGCAACUUGAAAAGAUAUAUACAUAUCUCAAUGAUAGAGGAGUCCCUUUAUGCUCUGCUCAGGUGCAGUUUUCUUUGUUAAGCUUCGGAGAUGAGCAGAUGGAGGUAAAAAAAAUGUGUGAUUCUUUGGGCAUCCAGUUAAUUGCAUAUAGUCCUCUUGGGCUUGGGAUGCUUACUGGAAAAUAUACUCUUUCAAAUUUGCCAAGUGGGCCCAGGUCCCUGUUGUUCCGGCAAAUCCUCCCAGGACUGGAACCUUUGCUGCAUUGUUUGAAUGCAAUAGCUAGUAGGCGUCAGAAAACAAUGAGUCAAAUAGCAAUUAACUGGUGCAUCAGCAGGGGUACGAUUCCCAUACCGGGUGUCAAAAAUAUCAGACAAACCCAUGAAAAUUUGGGUGCACUUGGUUGGCGUCUCAGUAAGGAUGAAAUGACUCAAUUGGAAGAUGCAGCACGCCAAUCUCCUAGAAAGAUGAUCCAGAAUGUAUUUCAGACCAGGUAAUCCCAAUUUCUUGCUUGCAAAUACAUACAUGGCGAAAAUUCCAGAAGAUGAUACCCAUCAUGUUGAUAAAGGUAAUUCAAUUCAAUUAUGGGUUUUUGGCAACAUGUGAACUCUCUUUUCUGAUACUACAAUCUAGUUCAAUUUGACCUGUUUGGUAAAUUUCAAAUGCUUGUAAAGAGCUAGAAGAUGAAGAAAGUACAUUAUAUCCUUGCUAUACUA